UCCCAUCGUUCGAGUUGUCCACACUCCUCCAAGCCGUUUCCUAGGUUUCGUCAGCUGAGCAGCUGUUGUUGCUGAUUGGACAAGGGAUUUAUUCUAGAAGAGCAUUGUUGGGCUUCAUUGUUUGACUUUUCUCUCGUCGUUGGCUUGUGGUCCCCUCCCUUCUCCUUCAUGGUGCCCAAUUGAUUAGGGUUUCCGUGUAGUCGGGAGGGAUCAGUGGGGGUGUGUCAUCUCUGGUGUUCUUUAGGUUCGGUGGUCUUUAGUCUUGGGAAUUUAGUCACCUAACCCUAACCCAUUUCCAGCCGUAAGUACAACUCUUGUUGACACGUCGAUGCUACGUUCGCACACGCCGUAACGCGAAGUCGUUAGCGUCGCGAAACCUCCGUGUCGCUCGUUAUCAUUGUACACGAUGCCUACGGUCACAACCCACAGCCAAUCGAGGACCCUAAAAUCGCGUAUGUAGGACGGAGUGCUUCCCAAUCACGGUCGCCCAUGGCUAUGGUAGAAUCCGGUAGAAUGCCCUCUUCCGAUCACGGAUCUCCCACUUUUGAGGCGCCUCAAAAGUAGUCUUCCCAUUUACGGUUGCCCAUGGCUAUGGUAACAUCCGGUAGAAUGCCGUCUUCCGAUCGCGCUUCGGUUCCUGUUCCGUGGACCUCGCGCUCGUCCGCUUCAGGACCACUCCCCGGUGCGAUGCUCCCAUCUGCCGCACCUCGACCGACCCAACAGCGUUCUUAUAGCGAGGGAGUUCCGCCGCACUGCCUCGUUGACAGGCCACCCGCCGUCCGCGGAAUCCCGGAGCUCUCCACGUCUCCUUCCUUUGAGGAGGCGUCUCUCCUCAUAGGCGAGGCUAUGCCCUUCGAUCGCCCGGGCUGGCACCCCCGCGCCCGCGGUUCCUCCGCAGCCGUCCGCGCUCUAGGCUCCUCCGCAUCCGUUCCCGAGCUCGCCACUUGGAAUCCUGAGGCUCCUGGGGUUCAGGAUGUCGGCGCGAAUGCUGCUUCCCACGCUCGGUUUGCCUCGUACGCACUCGAUCCGUCUAAUCAAGACUCGGCUCCCGCCCGAACCAGGCCAGGCUCGGGCCGGACCUGGAGCCUCAUGGAGGAGGUGGAAGGCUCGGAGGACGACCCGGAACACGUGUCAGGCGAUGGUGGCUCGUGGGAUGGCGGGCGGCGAGCGCUUGCAUGGUACGGUGGCAGAUUACCCACGGAAUUUAGUGAGGGUAGGGCUAGAAGCGGAGGAGCGGUGGGGUAUGGAGGUAUGGAGUACGGUGGGAGGAGCAGCAGCUGCAGUCAGUUGCCUGGGGUGGAGGAAUCUAGUCCCUUAGAUAGCCACAACAAGAGCAGCAAUGCCCAUUUUGGGCAUACUGGAUUCGUGUUCACGGCUAUUCGGCCUGACGCGCACGCAGGGGAGCGCGCAGGGACAGGGCCGCGGGCGGGACAAGCGAGCAGAGAGCACAGGAGGCAGAUAGGGGGAUCGAGUCCCACCAGCUCGGUGGAAGGGGCAGGGGGAGCAGCGCAGGGAGGGCGGGGGGGAAUGAGAGAGGGGGGCGGAUUAGGGCGGGGGGCGGGCGAAGCGUGGUCGCUGCCGCUGCGGUGGGCGGGAGACAGGUUCUUGGAGACGGUUAGUGAGCAUGGGAGCUUCGUGCAUAGGGCGUCGGACUGUGAGGCGGUUGCUGAAGCGGCUGGCGCCAAGGCUGCUGCUGACGCUAAGGGCGGCAACGCUGAGGCUGCGAGGCCUUGGUUCAAUGGGGCAUCUGGAGGGACGUUUCCAGAAAUUGAUGCAGGGAUGCGUGGAGGGCAGUUCUCGGCCCAUCCUGUGUUAGAGCAGCAACGCUGGGCGUUCUCGGAUUCGGAGAUGGGGUGGGGGGAAGCAGGUGGAGGUACACUACAGGGAGGGGGAACGGCUGGUGGCGGGAGGGGGGAGGGCGGGGCUCAUGAGAGGGAUGAGGGGGCGGACGUGGAAUUCGCUGAUUGGCUGAUGGUUCCUGGUGACGGGGAAGAGGAGGUUUCAGGCGAUUUGUCAGGAGAUGGCAACAAUGAGCGUAUGGCAGACGGUCAUAGACAGGGGGUUAUAGUGGGUGAUGCUGGUGUUUGUGACGGUGCUGCUUAUAGCGAAGCACAAGCUGGGCAGGGGUGCGCUGACAGCUGCGGUUUGCCCAGCGACCAAGGGAAACAGGGGGUAGACUGCCUAGCAGAGGGGAUGCGAGGGCGCGGAGAAGGCUCUAUUGCGCAGGGUGGGGAAGCUUGUAUGGGGGAUGGAGGGCCGGCACAGGAGGGCGAGGGGGCGUUGGGACAUGAGGGGAAUGGAACGGUGGAGCACGGUGGGGAGGAGCUGGACGUGGUGUCGGAGUGCCUCAGCCUGCCCGACGACCUUGCCUGGUGUUCCUGGCCGGGCUGUGAAGACAUGGCCACUGCUCAUGCCGUGGACACUGUUCAUGCCGUGGACACUGUUCAUGACCCCAUGCACGGCCCAGCAAAGGAAUCCAUGCAUGGCGGUUUGGAAGCAGCAGCAGAAGCAGGAGGAGCGUCUGCUGCAGAAGCUGACGCUGCGGGUUCAGCUGCUGCUGCUGCUGCUGCUGCGGCUGUCACUGGGGUAGCAGCAGCAGCAGCACGCAGAGGGGCAGGCCCGUUGUGCCGCGGGCACCAGGCGCUGACGUCAGACAAGCGUGUACGGGGCGGCUGCCUCAUGAGCGUGCUACAGGCGGGCGUGGCGGUGGAUUUUGCUCACACAGGCCACGUGGAUGCGGAUGUAGCAGGGAUGUGGCCAUCAGGCACGGAUGUAGCACGAAUUGGUCAACCAGGAGCGGAUUCACUGGGUAUGAGCCACGGAGGGGGCGAGAGCGGGGCAAUAAGCACCGACAAUGUGAAUGGGGAGGACAGGGAGGAGGAGGAGGAGGAGGAGGAGGGGGAGGAUGAUGAUGAUGAUGAUGGCAUUGAUGCUGCCUUGGAGCUUAACACAGAUGCUGAUUUCGGGGCCUUCCCUACUCCCUUCCCAUCCGGCCCGUUUGCCAGUAGUCCUUUUCUUGGCGGGUUCGGGCACCCCGGCGGUGGGCAUGUGCUAUUUGACGAGCCACCCUUUGACCUGGAUUUAGCGGCCUUCUGGGGCUUCGGAUCGGCGCCUGAGGAUGUGCGAGGGUUGACUGCAGGGGGCGUUUUAGGAGCGGAGGGAGCAGCCGAGGGCGCAGCAGAUGGGCCAGCAGACGGCGCAGCAGCAGGGACUGGAGGGGAAACCGCGGGGGGCGAGAGUUUAAGUGCUGCAGGGGAGGCGGACGCAGAGGGAAGCAUAAGAGGGACAGCUGAAGGGGACGUGGCAGCUGAGGGGGAAAGGGAAGGGGAAGGAGAGAACGAGGAGGGACAAGAGGGAGCGGAAGCAGGGGCGGGAAUGGAGGGGGCAGCAGAAGAGGCAAUGGACUGCGACAUGAUGUUCAUGGCAUGGGGCAUGCCGCACAUGCCCCCCACCCACCAGCCAAGGGCUCCAGUGAAACAGGCCAAGCAGCAGUGCAAGGCCCAGCAGGCGCAGGUCAAACCAGCGCAGGCCCAGGCGAGGGCCCCGCAGGUGGAACUUCAGGUGCCAGCUCAGGUGUCGGAUCCAGCACCAGGGUCUGUCGCUGCGGCUGCUGAUGCUUCUGGUGUAGGUGCUGCCGCUGUGGCGGCUGCUGGUGGGGGUGCUAACCGUGUACCCUCUUCACAUGCCUCUAUGAAACAGCCGUUGAAGCAGGAAGGGCCAUCGCUGGCUAGGGCCCAGGAUGGGCUAGGAAAGCCAAGCUGGCCCGCUGCUCAAGAUAUCUCAGCGCGAAAGAGAUCGGCCAUGUCUGUCUCUGCCGUCUCUGAUCGUCGUCCCUCUACCAGCAGCCCAAUGCCCUCCCCGUCAGACUAUUGUCACACUCCCCCUCUCCCCACCCACUCCUUGGGUUCCCUCCCCUCCCAUUCCCUCACCCCCUCGCGCACCUCCCACCCCGUGCACCGCUCUACAUCCGCCUCCACCGCCCCAAACCCUCCCGCACCACUCUCAGCAGCACUUACUACCAGCGGCCCUUUGAAAAGAACCGCUACACACGCAGGCCGAUCCGCUGCCCGCGCUAUACCCUCUAAGAGGCUCUCCGGGUCUCGAUACAAGGCCCAGGGAGGUUCAGCUGCGUUUGUUGCGCCUGGGAACCCGUUUGGCGCGUCCCCGUCCCCACCGUCCAGCGUGUUCUCCCAUCUGUCCACGUCAGCACCCCCUGCUUCGGCUUUCCCUCCCCACACUCCCCACACUCCUCACACUCCGCACAUGUAUGGUAUGACGUCGCUAGCACAUGCAUCCCGGAUGCACGACCCCAUGGGGUUGACUGGGGAGCGCAUGGGUAUGGGCAGUGAGGGCAUGAGUGGCAUGGGUGGCGUCAGUUCCACCCAUCAUGGGCCCUAUGGCGCUGCUGCUGCUGCUGCUGCCUCUACUGCUGGUCGAUAUGCGUCUGCUGGUGCAGCAGCAGCUGGUGCUGCUGCUGCUGCUGCUGCUGGGUAUCAUGUGCAUGGGGCAGUCCACAGACAUCCCCAAGCGAUGCCUGCCAUGCAUGGCGGUAUGGGUGCCAUAUAUUUCACCUCCAGCCAUCAUGCACCAUCACAUCCAUCACAUCCAUCGCAUCCAUCACAUCCCCAUGCGCCGUCCAGCCUCCAGUCCUCAUCCAGCUUCCACGGUGUGUCGUUUCUCGCGCACUCCCCCCCCUCCAUGGCCCAUUCCAUCCUCUCCCACUCGCCGCCCACGCCACACCCCUUCCACUACCAUCCCAGCCAUUCCCUGCCGUCUUUAUACCAGGCAAACCCCCAAGGUAUGCUACAGGAAAAAGGUAGGCGGAUUCGCCUCCGUACCGAUCCAGCUGCCACUAUUGGAUUUGCUUAUAAAGGGGCUGUCUCGGCGCCGGGGACUGCUGCUCCCGAGGCAGCUGCGGGAGGUUCGGCAGCAGCUACCGUGGCUGCUGCUGCAGGUUCGGUGGUCGAUGGGCUAGGUCCCAAGGGGCUUGGCACUCGCAUAAACUCGUCUGCUAGUAUUUCCACUGCAGGUGCCUCCUUGCCUAGGGACAAGGAGGAAGGUAGAACCGGUGAAGGUGUUACAGGGGAAGGUAGAACAGGGGAAGGUGUCGCAGAGACUGCAGCAGCACCGUGCGAUUCGCCCCGUAUUCCACCCAUGGUGCUGGUUCCACCGUCCAUGCGCAGUGACGAAGAAGCUUGUAUGGGGGAUGGGUCUGGAGCGGCAGGGAAGAGUGAAGGCAGUAGACCUGUAGCUCAGAUCAGCUCGCGUGGUGCUGUUGGUGGUGCUGGUGCUCCUGGUGGUGGAGGUGCUCGUGGUGGUGCUGGUGCUCGUGGUGGUGGAGGUGCUCGUGAUGGUGCUGGUGCUCGUGGUGAUGGAGGUGCUCGUGGUGGUGGAGGUGCUCGUGGUGGUGGAGGUGCUCCUGGUGGUGCUGUGAGUAUGCAGGUGGAGGAAGGGAUGGAGAGGGGGAAGGGGAACCAAGGAGCAGGACAAGGGGCAGCAGCAGCAGCAACAGCAGCAGGUGGUGCUGCUGCUGCUGGUGAGGUUGGUGCUGCUGUCACUGGGGGCGCUGCUGCUGCUGGUAGUGCUGCUGGUGGUGCUGCUGUUGGCAGCAGCAGUGGAGACGGCAGCACUGCUGCUGCUGCAGCAGCAAGCAGCGCAGCAGGUCAAGGGGCUGGCAGUGGUGGCAGCAGCAGCAACAGCAGCAGCGGCAGCCAAAGAAAAGGACCCCCAACCCCAACACUUUACCCCAUAAAGGCUUCCCCAAUACCAGUGCCGGUCCCAGGGAAGAAAGCGCAGGGCAGAGGAGUAGCAGCAGCGCGCUUGAUACAGCAGCAGGAGCAGCAGCAGCAGGAGAAGGCAAGGCAGCACAUGGCAGCAUCAGCCCCAGCAGCAGCACCCUCAAUGAUGGUCCACUCAUCCUCCUUUUCCCCUAGUCCCUCCUCUCCUCUCACUUACGAGCAAGGUCUUUAUGGCGUCCCACCUCCUGUUGGUAUGGCGCCUGGAGCAGGGUUCGCCCCAGGAUCUUUAGGAACAGCAGGAGCCAUGUCAGGUCGUUUUCCAGGUGGUCAGCCAGGUGUUUUUCCAAGUGGGUUUUUCCAUGGGAGAAUGCUGGCCUCUGUUGCGGCACCUGAUCGCAUGCACCUGCUGAUGGCUGGUGGGCCUGGAGCAGUGCGCCAGAUUACGCCUGGUAUGGGUCAGGUGCCUGCAACAAUGGCUCAGGUGCCUGCAACAAUGGUUCAGGUGCCAGGUGGCACGAUGUUUGCUGCAGCAUCAGGUGGAAUGAUAGCUGGAGUUUCACCUGGCAGCACACAUUAUCUGCACCACCCACACCACGUGCACCACCGCAUGGGGCUUGCAUCUGGAGCUGCAGCAGCAGGAGGAGGAGCAGGAGGAAGGGUUGCCAUGUAUGGCAUGGCGGGGAGCAGCAUUAGCAUGAGCGGUGGAGCAGCAGCCGUUGGAGUUGCAGGAUCAGGGGGACUAGCAGGGGCCACAGGAACAGGAGGCAUGGGAGGAGGCGCAGGGGGGGCAGCAGGAGGAGUGGGAGGGGGAGUGGGGCCAGGGGGCGUGAAUGCGGAGCUGAUAGUGAAGAGGAAGAGGGGGCGCCAGAAGAAGGUGCCGUCUAAGAUCGGCCCCUGCGGCGCCACCACCAACCUACGCCCCCUCGCCCCGAGAAAUUCUGCUGCUGCCGCCGCUGGUGGUUCUACUGCUGCUGCUGCUGGCGCUGGUGCUGCUGGUACUGCUGGUACUGCUGGUGCUGCUGGUGGUGGCGGUGGUAAUGCUGCCGCUGCUGCUGCUGCUGCUGCUGCUGCUGCUGGUAGCAGUGCCGCAACCGCUGCUCUCAUGUCCGGUGCCGCUUUAGGCACAGCACAGCCAACUCCGGUCCCUCUCGUCCGGGUGGCACCCCACCCCCAGCCCUCGUUUCUGGCACCCUUGCCAGGCGCGCACCUGUACCCCAUGCCCACACACCCUUCCAUCCUUUUCAACGGGGGCAUCAUGGGGGUAGGCAGCGCUGCUGCACUUCCCCCCACCGUCCCUUUCCCUUUUCGACCUGGAGGGAGGGGGGGAGGGAGUGUGAUGGGGAAUGGUGGUGGGGGAAUGUAAGGAGGGGCAAGGCAAGGUUGAACCAGUGGUUUGGGAAGAAGGAGGACGGGGGGGAAGGGAUGGAUGGCUGUAGCAUCAGGUUCGGGUUGUAGCAGCAGGGUCAGUUGCUGUAGCAGGGGCUACUGGGGCUGUAGCAGGUGAUUCUGGGGCUGCAGCAGGCAGAUCUGGGACUGUAGCUGGGGGGUUUCCAGCUGUAGCAGCAGGGUCAGCUGCUGUAGCAGCGGCUGCUGGGGCUGUAGCAGGUGCUUCUGGUGCUGCAACGGGCAAAUCGGCUGGGGGGUUUCCAGCUGUGUCGGCAGGGGCACGGGCUGGUCGGGUGCAGGGAAACAUGGGCUUCACAUAUGCUGGUGGAUGGACAAUGAUUCACUUCAUCCGACACUCGCCUUUCCCGUUCUACCCUCCCUCCUGUCAUCUCACCCUCCCCCCCCUCUCCCCUCCGCGCUUUCUCUCCACUUCGUUUCCCCUCCCUCUCUCCCUCUCCCUUCCCGCUCCUCCCCGUCCCUUCCUUUGUAUUUGGGCGAUGUUACCAUGUUACUACCAUGGUUCGACCUGGCCUUCUGUCCUCCACCUGAGGCUGAAGGUUACCACCUUAGUAUAGGAUCCUGCCUGCCGUAUGAUAUGGCAUUGGCAGCCCUUCGCGGGAUACUGGAGACCUAUUAGAGUCUUGCAAGGGGCCUACCCUAUAGUGGUUACUAUGCCUGGUUAGUAGAGGCCUAGUAUAUUCUUCUCUUUCUCCCACUUGUUUGUUUCACCUCG